GUCUGACCAGUGUACGCUGCAGGGCCCGCUGCUCACAGCCAUGUCUCUCCUCAUAUCUAUUUUGCAGCUGUGUUUAGCUAUUUUGACUUUGCCUCUUCAUAUUCUGAGUUUUCUUGGAAUCUGGAGUGUGAUUUCCAGGAAAAUAUUCCCUUAUAUUUUAGCUCCAUUAAUGAAAAGCUACAACAAUGUAAUGGACGCAACAAAAAAGGAUCUUUUUAGCAACCUGGGUGAUUUUGCUGGUAACUCCAAGGAAAUCAAGCUUCUAGAGAUUGGAUGUGGCACUGGUGCCAAUUUUAAAUUCUACCCAAAUAAUUGCAGGGUAACCUGUCUGGACAUCAACCCGAAUUUUGAGAAGUUUCUGGUUAAAAGCCAAGCAGAAAAUAGCCAUCUUAAGUUUGAGAGCUCUUUGGUGGCUUCUGCAGAUAACAUGAAGCAGGUUGCCGAUGCCUCCCAAGAUGUGGUGGUCUGCACCCUGGUAGUGUGUUCAGUGCCCAACACACCCAAGGUCCUGGAAGAAGUGUGGAGAGUUCUUAAACCGGGAGGAGCUUUCUUCUUUCUGGAACACGUGGCUUGCUCAGAUGAAGCCACCUGGCUUUGCUUCUUUCAGAGAAUUCUAAAUCCCACAUGGAAACUAGUUUUUGAUGGCUGUAACUUAAGAAAAUUCACCUGGAAGGACCUAGAGAAUGCUAAAUUCUCUACACUGAAACUACGCCACAUUCAGGCACGCACCAUGAUAAAGCCCGUAACCCCCCACAUUGUUGGAUAUGCUGUGAAAUAAAUCCAAGAAACCAUGCAAGCAAGAAGGAAAUCUAGUUUGAGCCUACACAAGCUCUGUUUAGUAAAUUGGGGAUGAUAUAGAAUAGAAGGCACACUCACCGAUGCAUAAUUUCUUGCACACAUUUAAAGAUCCUUUUACAAUUGUUACAUUUCAAAUUUAUACAUGUAAAUGUUUUCCAGGUUUUUAUUAAAAAAAAAAUGCAAGCUGUAACUAAAAUUUGUCUGAACUGAAAUAAAGUGCAUUUAUGCUUCCUGCA